UCGGGCCAUUGUCCGGCCCCUCCCUCCCAGAGGCGAACGCGCGGCUCUUGCGCAACGGGAGGGCGGAAGCCUUCCGCAGGGAAAGGCGACCUACGCUGCAAGCGAGGCGAGCGUGGAGCUGGGCAGGUCGGACUCUUCGUGACGCAUCGAGGCUUGCCAAAGAUGGCAGCUAUCGGAUUCAUGUCUUCCUGCACCUGUGCCCGUCCCAUGGUGCCUUUACUUAGGCCAGGGAUUCUAAAAAUGAGUUCACCCCAAAUACAUACAACAGCCAGGGCUGCUUCGAAAGAUUACUACGAGGUGCUGGUGCUAGGAGGAGGCACUGGCGGGAUCACCAUGAGCGCACGGAUGAAGCGGAAAGUGGGGGCCGGCAACGUGGCUGUUGUGGAGCCACAGGAGAACCAUUAUUAUCAGCCACUCUGGACUUUGGUUGGAGCUGGGGCAAAACAGUUGGCAUCGUGUGCACGUCCGACAGCAAGUGUGAUUCCUUCAGGUGUAAACUGGAUCCAGUCCAAAGUGCAGAAGCUGGAUCCAGACAAGAAUUGUGUUCAUUUGGAGAACAACCAAAAGAUAUCAUACAAGUAUUUGAUCAUUGCCCUUGGGCUCCAGCUGAAUUUCAACCAGAUCAAAGGCUUGCCUGAGGGGUUUAACUCUCCUAAAAUAGGUUCCAAUUAUUCCAUUCAUACAGUAGAGAAAACCUGGAAAGCUUUGCAGGGUUUCAAGGAAGGAAAUGCCAUUUUCACCUUUCCAAACACCCCCGUAAAGUGUGCCGGGGCACCGCAAAAGAUCAUGUACUUAUCAGAGGCCUACUUGAGAAAGACUGGAAAACGGCCCAAAGCCAACGUAAUGUUUAAUACUUCCCUUGGAGUUAUUUUCACUGUUCAGAAGUAUGCUACCGCUCUGCAAAAGAUUAUCAAAUCGAGGGACAUUGCAGUUAAUUACAGAUGUAACCUCGUCGAAGUUCGAGCCGAUAAACAAGAAGCUGUCUUUGAGAAUUUGGACAAACCUGGAGAGAUGAAGGUCUAUCAGUAUGAAAUGCUUCAUGUCACACCACCCAUGGGGCCCCCUGAGGUACUUCUGAACAGUCCGGUUUCAGAUGCAGCCGGCUGGGUCGAUGUAAACAAGGAGACGUUGCAGCAUAACAAGUACCCAAACGUAUUUGGGAUUGGAGACUGCACCAACCUCCCUACCUCAAAGACAGCUGCAGCUGUAGCUGGCCAGUCUGGUGUACUCGAUAAAACCAUUUCUUGCAUAAUGAAGGGCAAAACUCCAACUAAAAAGUACGAUGGAUACACCUCCUGCCCCCUGAUAACGAACUACAACCGAGCAAUCCUAGCAGAGUUUGAUUACAACGUUCAACCUUUAGAAACAUUUCCUUUUGACCAGAGCAAGGAGCGGCUGUUAAGUUUUCGCAUGAAAGUUGAUAUGAUGCCUCUUCUUUACUGGCAUGGACUACUGAAGGGUUUUUGGGGAGGCCCAGGUCCAAUAAGAAAAAUACUACACCUAGGGUUGAAAUAAUCUUCGAAACCACAUCUGCAUACAACACGGAGCACAACUUGUAAAGCAGUUUUCAGAGAGAUUCUGCACAGACUAUCUUGUUUUGGUAUCAAUAAAAUAAGUUUUGUCAGCUGAGAUGUCAUGCUUCAAA